AUCUCUUGACACGCCCCUUGAUGUGCUUUUUGGUAACAGGAAAAUUCAGUUCGUCAAAGAUGUUGAUGAUAAUAGAAUUCUUCUUAGUGCUAUUCAAAGUGCACUCAAACUGCUUUACAAUAGAAAACAGCAAAUUGAAAAAAAUGAAGAAAGUGAUAAGAAAAAAGAUGCUGGAAAGGAUGAGAAAGAGAUUGCUAAAAAGGAUGAGAAAUAG